CUCCUCAUAACAAAGGGAAAGCCCAUCUCCUUCUCCUCCUCUUUCAAACCCAUCUCUUCAGAUUAGAGCUCCAAAUCUGCAAGAAUGGCAAGAGCUGCAGGUGCAUUCAUUUGUGUUUUGAUCCUUGUCAUGGACAUUGUGGCAGGGAUACUCGGCAUCGAAGCUGAAAUCGCACAAAACAAGGCGAAGCAUAUAAGCGUGUGGAUUUUCGAAUGUAGAGAACCAAGCCAUGGUGCAUUCAAGCUAGGAGUGGCUGCAGCAUCAAUUCUGGCUCUAGCGCACGUAAUUGCAAACUUCCUUGGGGGUUGCAUGUGUAUUUGUUCCAAGGACGAGUUUAAGAGAGCUUCAGGUAACAGGCAAUUAGCAGUGAUUUGCCUCUUUGUCUCAUGGAUCGUAGUAGCUGUUGGAUUCUCGCUGCUGAUCAUAGGGGCGUUAGCAAACUCAAAAUCCAAAGGCUCAUGUGGAUUCUCACACCAUCGUUUCCUGUCCAUCGGAGGUAUAUUUUGCUUCAUUCAUGGAUUAUUUUCCGCCGCUUAUUUAGUUUCUGCCAAAGCUACCAAGAGUGAAGAAGAAAAGCUCGCCGGUAGGCACAGCACAGGUAGUGCUCAGAUGGUCUUAAGGGGGCCUCCAUAA